AUGCAGCAAUAUUUAAUGCGAAACUAUGACGAGGAAAUCACCAAUCUCCUCAACAAUCCAGACGAUUUGAUUCACGUUUCCCUGAAUGUGAGCUUAGCACAUUUACAUCGGAAACAACCUGCCCUGUAUCAGGCACUGCUGCAGAACUCUCGCCAAGAGCUUCCAAAAUGGGACUCGAGUCUCGUAGAGGCACAAAAGUCACUCAUCGAGGGCAAUAUGUUUCUCGAGCCGGGCUUCCAGAUCAAGCAAAACUGUCACGUUCGGUUCGUCGGCAUGCCGCUGACCGUUGCGCAAGCCGUACGGAAAGCCGGUACGUACCCGGGUAACGAUCAGGUCGGGCAGUUCCUGCAGGUGAAAGGUACCGUCAGCCGUAUGACCCAGGCCCGGCCGCUGGAGUACAAACGACAGUAUGUGUGUAGCCGAUGUAAAAAUGAAAUUGUUCUUGAAGCACUGUACGAGGAAAGUUAUGUGUUUAAUCCACCCAGUGGUUGUCCGCUGGCGAACGAAAGCGGAUGCAAGGGUUAUCUGCAGCAGAAGAGCGCUCAACCGCAGCCUGACUAUUGUCAGGACUAUCAGGAGGUGCGUAUUCAGGAGAUUAUGAGUGAUCUCAAUGUUCCGGCUACGCUUUUGAUAACGCUAGAAAAUGACUUGGCGGACAGCUGUCAGCCAGGAGAUUGUGUGACCGUUGUGGGAACCAUGGAGCGACGCUGGGGUCCAUGUCUUGCUGAUAAACGCACGCUGGUCACGAUCGCCAUGAGGGCGAACAGCGUAUCGAAGGAGGAGAACAAAAUGACUUUCGGGAAGGAACUUCCCGAGCAUCUGGUUUUUACGCGUGUCGAGUGGGACAGUAUGGUGAAGGAAAUCGGCGAACUUGCGGCGAGAGAUUUUCUGAUACAGUCGAUAUGUCCGGAGAUUCACGGCAUGUACCCGGUGAAGCUUGCGGUGGCUCUGUCGUUGGCGAGUUGUACCGAGCGGUUUCUCGGUAGUGGAAGAACGGUUCGAGGUCACUCGCACUUGCUGUUGGCGGGUGAUCCCGGCCUAGCGAAGUCACGGUUGCUGGAGUGUGCCUCGGAAAUUGCAAUACGGUCGGUUUUUACGACCGGCAUAGGAUGCUCGUCAGCUGGUUUGACGGCAACUGCAGUGCAGGAGAAUGGUGAGUGGCACCUGGAGGCUGGAGCACUCGUCCUGGCGGACGGGGGAGUUUGCUGUAUCGAUGAGUUUAGCUGGAUGCGCGAGACGGACAAGGGUUCGAUCCACGAGGCGAUGGAACAGCAGACGGUUAGUAUCGCCAAAGCGGGACUGCUAUGCAAGUUGAGCACCCGAUGCGUGGUGAUGGCGGCAACCAAUCCGAGGAAUCUCUUUUCGAUGGCCGAUAUGGUGGAGAGUUCGAGCUUGGGUAUUGGGGGUCCACUGCUUAGUCGGUUCGAUUUGGUUUUGACCCUGUGCGAUGGCAGGGACUCGGAAUGGGAUCUGCUGAAGAACAAUCACAUCCUUUCCUCGUCGGUAGUUGACGGUGCAAAGGAGAAGUUUGAUCAAACUCCCUCGGGUGGGCAUUGGAAUCUGGAAAGGCUGCAGACGCAUUUCCUAGCUAUUAAGGACAUUCAUCCGAAGAUUUCGGACGACGCCAAUGCGGUUCUAAGUGCAUACUAUAAGCAAUGCCGAGCUAGUUUGCAACGCGAUCAAGCACGAGUCACGGUGCGUUUAAUGGACAGUUUAGUGCGCCUUUCGCAAUCCCAUGCCCGGUUGAUGUUUCGCGAUGAAGUCAAUCUGCUGGAUGCUAUGACCGUUAUUCGACUGAUGGAAUCCAGCUGGGGCUUUGGAUUGGUUAUAGGCCCAUUAGAUCUGAUUCGAUCCCCGCUCCCACUGGGACCUAGUCACGAAGAAAUCGAUAAAAUUUUGCACCAACUAGGUUUGACUGAGUCGGUGCAGAAAGUUUCACUGCCGAAGCAAGUGGACAGAGCCAAGAUCGACCAGUAUCUUGAUGCGCAAGCUGCCAAAAAGGCCCAAAUGGAGGCGGCUCCGGCUCACCGGUUAGAUAGCACUCAGUCAGGAAGCCAAUUUGAAGAGCAGGUCCUCAAAGAAUUGGACAACAAUCAACCAGAUAAAAACUGCGCAAGAAAACAAGAAACUGCUGGCCAGCAAAAACGUAAGACUAUUGAAGAAGGCGACUUGUAUUCCAAAUAUUCAUUCACUCAAAUGAAGAGAAAUACGGUCAAAAAAUUAAAAGUUUCUGUUCCUUCUAAGAAUUCUACCAAGCAAAAGUCGAAGGAGUUGGUAGAACCGAAUCCUAACCUAAGUGAUAAUGUAGCUGCCAAUGAAUUGGACUCGAUUUUAAGUAAUUUGAGGCAAAAUUUCAUGCAUGAGCUUUCGAAAGCCACCCAACCAGCUAAAUCUAGCGAUCAUCCAGAAUCAGCGGCCGCGCCACGAGCGAGUCAGCUGGAUCUCAAUUUUCCACCAGCAAGUGGAAAGCCAAAAACUUCACGAGAGGAAUCGUUCAAUGCAAUGCUUGAUAUCAGUAAUCUUAUGGACGAUAAUGAUGAAGAACCGGAUUCAGUCGGUAAAUGUGUGGCACCCACUUUACAAACGACAAAAUCCAACGCCAGUAUGUUUGACGAUUCUGAUCUGUUCAAAACUAAGCCAACCCAGCAGGGUGGCGACGAGAGAUUUAGCAGCAAUCAUGCUCUACUGUCAAAGCCCAUACAAGAGCUGAGAGUGGUUAACAAAUUUGUUCUCAAGCAACCUAGUCGAGAUCCUAUCUCAUCCCAGGGCCGCAACACAACAGUUGGUCCCAUCGGUGAAACCGACCCCGCGGAACAGUCAACAUCCCGCUAUCGAUUUACCCUCUCGUCGCAGACGAGAAAUCGCCCCAUUAAACCACCAUCCCAAAAUCCCAUGCUAGUAAGUCAACUGUCAUCGCUUGAUGACGAAUUCGAUCUGGACCUCGGCGACGAGGAUAACAUUUUCACCCGACGGGAAAAGGCGAACGCGAAUGAGCAGCACCAGACCGAAGAACCAACCACCACCGAAGCACGCACCGAACAACGACCACUUUCCGAAGGUACGCUGAGCAUAAUUCGUGGAUUUGAAUUUGUGCCCCGAGAGGAAGAUGCGACGACGAAAGACGACAGUGCAUCGAACGCGUCGAAGGCCGAGCCGCCGAGGGUAGCUGUUGUGCUACCGGAGCCGGACUUUUUGGUCACGCUUGGCGAACAGCGUGAUCCGGAUGAGGAGUUGGCGUUUUUGGAUGCAGUUGAUUUUUAA